AUGGCAGGAACAGAUAGCGGGAGUAUCGAUGCGGAGGCCGCGAUACCAUCCACACUGACCCUAACUAGCCUCAGAAACUCAGCCAGAAAUAUGCCGAGCCGAGGUCACCGCAGAUAACUCCGCCAAGGAGGGAUACCCCGCACCACGGGAAUGCCGUCCACGUGCAACUUUGACCAAAAAACGCUGAUUCAUCAUCAUAAAGAAGGGAUUUUCUAUGGGUUUAUAACGAUUCAGCACAUAAUUUAGAGCUUGGACAACAACAGAGAAAGAGCUCAAAACUUCCAGCUUAAUCAAUCAAGAAAUCUAUCACAAAUGCGCUCCAUGGAUAAUACGCAAAAAUAAAAAUUCUUUUACGAUUUAAGUAGGAAGAGAAGUAAACAAUUUUUAAAAAUCAUGAAAAUCCUCAAGUUCAUGAAAAUUUCAUUUUAAUCAAGAUAGCUAUACUCCCAUGUUCUCAGAUUCAGAAUUUUUCGAUUUUUUAAUUGGUUGAUUUUUUUGGAUUAGUACUAUGAACACCCUGAAAGAUUUCAUUAGAUUUUCAAAACUUUCCCUGAUUUCCUGUCCAUAGUUAGUUAUAAGAAACCAUCUCCCUAUCGUUGAAUUAUCGAAAUAAACCGAGAAGAGCUUAAUUUUUGAAAAAAAAAACAGUGAUAAAAUGACUUUUUCUAGUAAAAAGAAACUGACGUACAAAACAUCUUUUGAAGAUCUCUAUUAGAGACUACGGAACGACUUCUUAAAUAAAUUUUGUCAAUUCUACAGACUCCGAUCAGAAAAACAUCCGCGGAGCACAACGGCUACAGUGUGUCGUGCACAGCGUCCAGAAAGUUUGCGAUCAAAAGAUCAAUCGACGAAAGAUAAGCACUUCCCAGUACUGCCAGUGAGAUAGAUAACACUCGGUCCAAGUUCGAGUCCUCACUAAAAAAGAGCAAAAAACUAACUCUUUUCUCUAUUACUCUACUUGAAAAUAUUGAAAAAAACCCAUAUCACCUUCAUUUUCAACCUCAAAAAAAGGACAAAAAAUAAUUAUUAUAGAGCUACCAAGUAGCUUAAAAUCAAAAAUUGUGGCUUUCACUCUGAAAUUAACCCUCUAGACGUUAAACUCUAUGAGAAAAUGAAAUAAAAUUCAACUUUUAUCCCCCGUACCCAUUUUCAGAAGCCAAACUAUAAAUUUCUUUUUUUGAAUUCUAUCAACAUUUCCCUGUCAACAUCCCCCUUUUCUCGAAACAUAAUCUGCAAUGUCUAUUAGAAAAUGAAAAACAUAAAUAAAAAAACGCAUACCUAAACUUUCUUCAACAUUUUCGCUUGGCGAACUUUCAGGCUCCAUUUCGUUUCGUGUCGUUGUUAGUUGACCUGAAAAAACUACCUUUUUUUAAAAAUAAAAUCGCAAAAUAAAACAAAAAUUCCCCACAAGUCUAAAAAGAUCAAAGGGAUCAUUUUUCUUGUAAACUUUCAAUGUGGCGAGAUUUCGGUGAUAAAAAUUUUAAUGCCGUUUUUUUGCAAAAAUAAUAAAAUGAUGCUUAUAAAGAAGGCCUAGAAAAGAAAAAAGCUAAAAAGAGGCAAUAAAAGAAACAUAAAUCGAGUAACAAAACAAAACGACAUUUCGAGAAGGAAAUCCAUCAAUUUCGGUCGGAGAUAAAAAGAAAAAAAAAACGUUACAAUAUUUUUCACGAUUCUUCUAAAAAUAUCCGAAACGACUUGAAAAUAGAAACAAAGCAUCAGGAACAACAAAAACGAAGCAGCAAACGAUGGGGUGCUUCAGGCGCUUUUGUUAAACCGCCAAAAAAGAGUCAACAAUCGCCGGGAAAAGCCCUCAAGCGGUCACUUGCUUAUCCUAACGCGAAUUACGCGAAUUUUCGUCAAAAGCUCUUUAAUAUGAGCAAUGUUGAUCCCAUCACGCAUAUUUUACUUAAUGACGCUUACUUGAGGUAUCAGUUUCUGUAGAUAUUUUUAAAUAUUGUUUUAAACUACUUCCGUCAAAUUCAUUUGGGCUUUCGAAAUUUUUCGAAUUUUUCGCAAAAAAAUCUCGUAAAGUGGAGUGUUUAGUCUGUGAACACGCACACACCAAGGAACAAAUCCGUCUACAGUAUGAAAAAUUCAGAGUUUUCCAUUUUUAUUUUACAUUCACGUCUUCUUUGUAAUUCAGAAUUGGGAAAAAGAUUUUAAAAAUUUUUUCUUAUACUAGUGUGACUGCUGAGAAUCAAAUGUUAUCAAUAAAACCAAAAAAAAAUUCAUCAAACGUCGAAAUUAGUCUUUUUUCGCAUUGGAACACUUCAACUUUAUAAUCAAUAUUUCUAACUAGACGUUUAAAAAGACUAAAAAAAAAAAGAAAAGGCCACGUGACGACCACAGGUGAUUCGAAAAAGACAAAAGUGGGCGAAAGGCCUACUAAAAACCCCAAAAAAAGAGACAGGUGAAAUUCGAUCACGCGCCUUGUAGUUGAAAAUUUUCGACAAAUUAACUCUGCACUUUUUACAAAGUUCGAGGGCUGCGAAAUUGUGUUUUGAGGGUGCCAAAGUAUACAGAUGGAAUUUUAUUAUUUUUAAAUUCCUGGUUGAAACUUAUUUCCCUUGUGGAUUUCCAGGUGAAUUAUUCUGAAUUCGAAGUAGGUCUACCCUUUAAUCAUGCGUAAUUUAUAUAUUUCCCUCUCAAUAGAAGGAACUCAAAAAAGACUGUCGUUAAUCCUAACUUAUCUCUGAGAUUUCAACGUUUAAAAGUUAUCCUUUGAAAAUAGGCGACGAAGCAGCUGGCGAAGCUGAUUUCUAACGUCCAACAGUCGAAGGCUCGACUCCCAACCAGAAAAAAGCUUUCCAUUCUUAUAGAAACGUUCGAAUUUUAAAAAAAGCGCAGUUUUUCACAGCUUGGUAAGGUUCUGAAGUGCGCCCCAACGAACAACGCCUCUGAAUGGUUGAACACGCCUUUCUUUCGUUUUGAAGUGAAAUGAUCAAUUUCAAGCUCCAAAGUAGAAGGUUGACGCCUUAUAUGAUUGGGCAUCUGUUAUAGCUUUCACAAAAAGUCCUUGGAACAAAAAAUUAUUUAACCAAAGCUUAUUAAAACUCUUUAAGUCUCUACCUAAGUACCAAAAUAAUUUUCUCAAGAAGCUCACUUCUUGUUGAAACAAGCGGAGAAAGCCGCUAGACUAAUGACACGGAAACGAUUAUUUUCUUCAGCAAACAGCCUCAGGUUGAACAACAGCCGAGACACCUGAGACAAUCAUAACGAAUAUUAAUGACUUGACAGACGCCGUCGGUCCUAUCAGAGGGCCGCCAGUCGCUGAUACCAUCUCCACGCCAACAAAGGGCACACGAGUCCAAGGGCGACCUCAUCUUGUGCCAAACUUCGGCGUGAUUGAUAAUCGGCCGCUCGGUUGGACAAGGAUUGCGCCGCUGGAUCGGCUUAGAUCCGUAAGAGACCAGUCACCAAUUGAUGAGAAUGACAAUGACAAGGGAAAGGUUGCUCUUUUGAGAAGAGCCGACUGACUUGGCCUUUUCUGUGAAAUUGUUUCUGGAUGAGGAUCACAGUACCGAUGAAAAAGCUUUGAGAGGGAAGAUUAGACUUUUUUUUCGUUAAGAAUUCUUCCCAUACACCAAAAAUGAAGAAAAACUCGAGGAUUUCUUCGAAAACUUGAGAAAAACUUUUCAAAUUCUGCAGAAAGCUUAUUCCAAUGAAAUUUGCGGGUUUUCUUCAACUUAGAGGUGUCCUCUCUCAAAAACAAGAAACAUUUACUGGUUGAAGUUUUUAGAAUAUUCAUCUGGUACAUCAAGAAGUUUUCUGUGAUUUUCAGGAAACUCCGGACCAAAAAGAAUUUUUCUGACCGAGAUCAAAAAACCGGACCUCCAACCCCAUCGAAACGGCAAACCUAACCUCUCUGACCCACCAAGCUUGUCCUCAUUAGCCAUUCUCAAGUGGCAAUCGGAACAAACGACUGCAUUCCAAGCGCAUCAGCUCAUAAUCCAGCGGAUCGAGGCAAAUCAUUGAGAAGGGCGCGAAAACACUUAUACUGGUCGCCGUCGAGCAUAUUUGCUCGCCCUCGGUGCGCAAAACCUAACCUAGCAUGUCUCAAAAAGAAAAAAAGUGCAACAUCGUGGCUUUUCCCUUCUUUCGUAUAAUUACACUGCACGGCAGCAGCUGAUUUUCGAUCUUCGUUCCAAUCGCCGAAAGAAGUUACCGCGCAGGUCGCGACGCCAACUGUCACAAGAAGCUUCGAGUGACAAAAAAUGAAGUAUACACUUCAGGAUCGAAAAGAUUUUUAGGCGGAAAAAUGAUUGAUAAACUUUGCGAAGUUUUUGAAUUUUUUAGGUACUAUCAUAAUGCUUCAAUUUGUGUCAUUUUCCGAAGUUCAAAAAAAAAUUCUUAAAUUUUACCUUUCCAUUAUGAACAAUCUAAGAGAUGUCUAAUUUCAUUUAGGAAUCAAAUCCAAAACCUUUAAAAGCUCGGAAUUCCAGUUUUCGUCUUCUAACCGAGCGACAACGCCAUAUAGGAAUGUCAACUACGUACCUUAAGAGCUCUUCUCGGAAAAAAACCGUCUAGAAUAUCCAAUAAUCAUCCAUACUCUUCUAGAAUAGAAAAAAUCUCCCUCCAGCUUUGAGAUCCCUACUUCCAACUGUAGAAAAGUGCCAAGCUUCCGAUUCAAAAAAGCCGAGUCGACAUCAAAAACAAGACUCCCGCAAACCGGAUCCAACCAGCGGCACGUCGAAAAAAGGAAUAGGGCACCAGACCGUCGAGAUGGGAUUAGUGGAUAACCCAAAAGAAGUUGACAAAUGUCAAAUGAGAGAUGACGGACGUCGAUUGCGCGGAUCCGGCGGCCGCAACGUCUUCAUCUCAAUACGUCAAAAGCCGCAUAAUCAAAGUACAUCUUCCGAAUCUACUCACCACUAA